AUGCCUAGGAACACUCGCAACUCCAAAUCCACAGCAGCCGACGUGGCGGCUGCCAACGGUUCCUCUGACGGCAAGACCGAGUCGCUCAUCCAGAGGGCCAACGAGGCGGACGAGAACGUCUUCCUCUUCGUCCCCAACUUGAUAGGAUACGCCCGCGUCGUCCUCGCCGCCCUCUCGCUCUACUUUAUGAAGGGCAACCCCAAGGUCUGCACGCUCCUGUACGGCGUCUCGUGCCUGCUCGAUGCCUUUGACGGCAUGGCUGCGAGGGCGCUCGGACAGUCGACCAAGUUUGGUGCCGUGCUCGACAUGGUCACCGACCGCUGCACCACCGCCUGUCUGCUCUGCUUCCUCACCGCCGCCUACCCGCGCUGCGCCGUCAUCUUCCAGGGCCUCAUCACGCUCGACUUCAGCUCGCACUACAUCCACAUGUACAGCUCGCUCGUCACCGGCUCCGCAUCGCACAAGAUCGUCACCUCCGACGUCUCCAAGAUCCUCUGGUACUACUACAACGACAGCAGGACGCUCUUCAUGUUCUGCGCAGGCAACGAGCUCUUCUUCGUCUGCCUCUACCUCAUGGACUUUUACAAGCGACCCUUUGGCCUCGACAUCGAGCCCCUCUUCUUCCUCUGCCCGCCCGCCCUCCGCGCCUCGCCCUGGAUCGCGUACAUCAUCAAGGAGACACCCCUCCUCAGCUGGCCACAGAUCGUCGGCGCCAUCACCUUCCCCAUCUGCGCAGCCAAGCAGAUCAUCAACUGCGUCCAGUUCUGGAAGGCUGCCAAGGUGCUCGUCGGCAAGGACCUCGAGGACCGCCAGAAGGCUCGCACUAAGUCUCUCUGA